CCACCCAACAAAUCUCAUCAGUCGUGCAACGGUGCCCGAGACGAUAAGAAUCACACCAGAAUCAACGCCCCCACUCAUUUCUUGUGUUCUCGGCAGAAAUUAAAAACUAUACAACAAAAUUCUGUCCAAAACGCGAAACACUGUCCCAACGAAAUGACGCCAUCUAAUGUCGUUUUCCCUCGUGUCUAAAAUACGCGGCACGACGUCGAUGCGCUCGCUCUCGCUUGCCCUAUCAGGCCAAUUCACCACCUUAAUUUGCGUGUCAAGGCACUCCCGUUUAUUACCCACCACUCUUCCUUCCUGUUGCAGUUUUCUCUCCUAUAUAUAACCAAAACCACCCUACCUCACCUCUUCACAAAUCAUAUCAUAUCAUUAUCAAAGCACAAGCAUCGAAGGAAAUGGCGAAAGCUGAGGUCAUCAUUCUUCUAUCUUUGUUGUCCGUAAUAACAUUGUCUUUCACGGCGGUUAACGGGUACGGAACGCUGGUAGGAGGGAAAACGGAGAUAAAUGACGUGAAGACGAACAAGGAGGUGCAAGAGCUUGGGAGGUUCUCGGUGGAAGAAUUUAACAGGAGCCGGGGGGGUCUCAGAAGUAACGGAGGGACGGAGUUGGUUUUUUCUCAGGUGGUGGAGGCUCAGAAACAGGUGGUUUCUGGCAUCAAGUACUAUCUCAAGAUUGAGGCCAUGCAGAGUGGGCUUACCAGGACGUUUGAAUCCGUGGUGGUCGUGAAACCUUGGGAGGAUUCCAAGGAGUUGCUAAAUUUUUCCCCUUCUCCUCUUUAAUGAUCUGGUGUUUGUUUUGUGUUUUAUUUGCAUUUUGGUUAUGUUUGACAAGGGAGUAGGGUAUGUUUCGUGGUUUUAACCUGUAAUUUUCUUCAUGCAUUAUGUGUAAUCUUAAUCAAUAAAGGAAUAAAUAAUGCUACUUAAAUAUUGAUUUACCA